GCUUGGGCUUAGUUCUUCGGCCCGCAUUGGUCCGAGGGCGAAGGACGCGUCUGCCCCCGUCCGUGCCUGCUUCCAGAGUCACGCCGCUUUCAGGCAUUGUUUAGGACACGCCUGUGGGGCCUGAAGGGACUCUGUAAGCUACCGGAGCAAUUGAGAGCUCAUCGGCAAGUUUCGGAGAUGCCGCCCAAGGGAAGAAGUGGUACCGGAAAAGGUGGAAAAGGCGGAGCAGCCUCCAGGAGUGACAGUGCUGACAAGAAGGCUCAGGGUCCCAAAGGUGGUGGCAAUGCGAUAAAGGUCAGACACAUUCUGUGCGAAAAACAUAGCAGAAUUAUGGAAGCCAUGGAAAAAUUGAAGGCUGGAAUGAGAUUCAAUGAAGUAGCUGCACAAUAUAGUGAAGAUAAAGCCAGGCAAGGGGGUGACUUGGGUUGGAUGGCCAGAGGGUCCAUGGUAGGACCAUUUCAAGAAGCAGCGUUUGCCUUGCCUGUAAGUGGAUUAGAUAAACCUGUGUAUACAGACCCUCCUGUUAAGACAAAAUUUGGUUAUCAUAUUAUUAUGGUUGAAGGGAGAAAAUAAAAUCCUGUGAAAAUUGAAUAAAUGUUCUGUAUUUGCAUUUUA